UUUCAUUUCCGAAGUUUGAAAAGCUCUUUAAUUUGUCCUUUAUCUCAGUGCAUGCGCAUAAAGCUUGCAGGACGAGUACUUCUGUUGUAUCAGGUUCAAUAAGAAAUCUCAUCCUCUCAUUCUCAGGUUUAUUUCAUUAAUUUCUUUUAUUCUUUUAUGCACAUCGAUCGAUCCUCGUUUUAGCUAACUCCCUCUCUCUCUCUCUCUCUCUCUCUCUCUAUAUAUAUAUAUAUUGAGGAUCUUGUGCUUGUCAGCAGGAAGUUUCAGAAUAGCAACUUCAUAUAUAUAUAUAUAUAUAGAUGGCAGGACAAUCAGCUUUUGUAAAAAAUCAGGAACAUGGGAUUAAGAAAUUGUCCGAGGAAAUCAAAGGUGUUAUAAAAAACUUAGAUACACUCCCAGCAUCAUCAACUAAACAUCGUUGUAUCUACAAGGUUCCAGAUCACAUGCGCAAAUUGAACGAAGAAGCUUAUACUCCUCAGGUAAUAUCAAUUGGGCCUUUUCAUCGUGAUAACCGAAAAUUGCAAACCAUGGAAAGGUUUAAAUUGAGAUAUCUCAAGAUUUUCACAGACCGAGCCGAAACAAAGUUGGAAGAUAUAGUGAGCACUAUAAAAGGUGCGGAAGAAAGUGUUCGGGAAUGUUAUUCGGAGACUAUACCACUUGGCAGUGAUGAUUUUGUGAAAAUGAUCCUGCUUGAUGCCAGCUUCAUUAUCGUGUAUUUCUUGAAAAACAAGUCCAAAAUCUGGACCGAGUAUGACCGGGAAAUAUCAAAGCCGUGGUUGUGCAAUAAAAUGCAGAUGGACUUGAUAUUACUUGAAAAUCAGCUUCCUUUCUUUGUUAUCGAGAAAAUAUAUGACACUGCAUUUCUCUCUCUCUCAAAAAUUCACCCCUUCAUUGAGCUUAGCUUUAGGCAGUUUGAAUAUUACAACGUUCAAAAUUUUCUUCAUUCUAAGUCGGAAAUAUUUAUAUUGCACUUCACUGACUUGGUUAGAAACUUUUGCAUGCCUCCUCCCGAAAGGCGACCGCAAAGAAGUUAUCGAAAUAUGAAGGAAAUGUACAGUUUAGCCCAGCUUGAUGAGACGGAGUGCUGGAAAUCCCACCCUUUCAGUUAGACAGUAGCACGGAGAUUCAUGCUCGGAACCUCGUCGCCUUUGAGGAAUGUCACUAUCCUGAAGAUCCAUAUAUUACUGAUUACUAUAUCCUGUUAAGUAUGCUUAUCAAAACAGUCAAAGAUAUAGAUGUACUUGUACGAGAGCAUAUCAUCCAUAAUUGGCUGGAUGGCGUCGUGGCAACUUCAAUGAUCAACAAGCUGUCCGGCGAAAAACUUUUCUAUUUCCAAAUGAACUCUGAUUAUCACAGGAUGGCUGAAAAGUUGAACAAAUUCUAUAACGCCAGCGAGACUGCUCUCCAUAGAAUGAUGGCUAUCUUGAAACGUGAAUAUUUUUACAACCCUUGGAGGGGUGUUGCCGCCAUAGGGUUGCUGCUCACUGUCACACAAACUGUAUGUGCUCUCAUCUCGGUGAAGAAUUGGAAAUGAAGCUUUUGUAAUUCUAAGGGUAUUGUAUUGCUUUCUGAUAAUUUACGUUAUACACGUAAUUGGUUCAUUAUGUUGUCGAACUGAAAUCUUAAUGUACA